CGCUCCGCAGCAUCCCGGUAAAGUUCCUGUGCUGGACUUCAUGAAGUCUCUGUCCUAGUGGACUUCUUCAAGUCUCUGUCCUCGUGGACUUCUUCAAGUCUCUGUCCCGCGCUCUGUAAACUCUGAUGGAUCCGUGAUGCAUUCAAAGACAGCCCAGUGAACUUUUGUCUCGCGCGCGCUCCGAGGACUAACUUUUCCAAAUGACGCGCGCCGUCCUGUAGACCGGAUUUCAUGAGUCCGGGGGAUUUCUGCAGCACGGCAGGACUUUCUCCUUUACUGAGAGAAACAGUUUGACCUGAUCCAGAGAGAAGAGGGGGGACAGAGGAGUCCGGACCUGAUCCUGGGGCCAGAGGAGGGACGGAGGAGACACGCUGAACAUGGAGACUUCUGCAUCCAGAGCUGCUGAGAAGAAAGACAAAAUGGACGGGAGCGGGUUCUCAGACCUCCCCAAGAAACCCUCCCCCGCAGAGGCAAGAGCCCCCCACCACAUCUUCCCCACCUUCCACACGCCGAUCCCGAUUGACAUGCGCCAUCACGAAGGACGGUACCACUACGAGCCCCACGCGCUGCACGCCAUGCACGGCCCUGCAGGUCUGACCGGCAGCCCCGUCAUCUCUGACAUCUCCCUGAUCCGCCUCUCGCCUGCAGCCGGGGACUCUCCCUUCAGUCCGCCUCACCCGUACGUCAACCCUCACAUGGAGCACUACCUGCGCUCGGUUCAUGGCAGCCCCACGCUCUCCAUGAUCUCUGCGGCCCGAGGACUCAGCCCUGCUGACCUGACCCACGAGCACUUAAAGGAGCGGGGUCUGUUCGGGCUUCCUCCUCCUCCUCCUGGGGCAAGUCCAGCAGAGUACUACCACCUGAUGGCCAGCCACCGGAGCCCCUACAGCGAGCUGCUCAUGCAGGGGGCCGGGGCCAGCGCUGGGGCCCACCUGUCAGACUACAUCACGCCUAUCGACGUGUCCAGGUUCUCCAGCCCCAGACUGACGCCCCGCCUGAGCAGGAAGCGAGCUCUGUCCAUCUCUCCUCUGUCAGACGCCAGCAUCGACCUGCAGACGAUGAUCCGCACCUCGCCGAACUCACUGGUUGCUUACAUCAACAACUCGAGGUCCAGCUCGGCGGCCAGCAGCUCGUACGGUCACCUGUCGGUGGGAGGGCUCAGCCCGUCCUUCCCCUUCCCUCACCCCAUCAACCCAAUGGCCUACCAGCAUCUCCUCUCCCAGCAGCGGGGCCUCAGCGCCUUUGGCCACACCCCUCCUCUCAUUCAGGCUCCGCCCUCCUUCUCCAGUCGCCAGCCGGGCCUCGGCCUCUCCUCCCUGCCCACCUCCAUCCACAACAGCGACCUGACGUCCAAGAACCACGGCGGGGACUCGGCAGUCAGCAGCACGGUCGACCCCAUGAUCACUAAGAGGUCAAAGGUCAAGACAGAAGCAGAGGGACUGAGGCCGCUGUCUCCCUGCUCACCGAAUCAUCACGUCAGCCUGUUGGACCUGAAGGACGACGGGGACCGGGACGAGUGUAAGCAGGAGCCGGAGGCUGUGUACGAGACGAACUGUCACUGGGAGGGCUGCAGCAAGGAGUACGACACGCAAGAGCAGCUGGUCCAUCACAUCAAUAAUGACCACAUCCACGGAGAGAAGAAGGAGUUUGUGUGCCGCUGGGAGGAGUGUUCUCGGGAGCAGAAGCCCUUCAAAGCUCAGUACAUGCUGGUGGUUCACAUGCGCCGACACACGGGGGAGAAACCACACAAGUGCACGUUUGAGGGCUGCUCCAAGGCGUACUCCCGUCUGGAGAAUCUAAAGACACACCUGCGCUCACACACCGGGGAGAAACCGUACGUCUGCGAGCACGAGGGGUGCAACAAGGCCUUCUCAAACGCCUCAGACCGAGCCAAGCACCAGAACCGGACUCACUCCAAUGAGAAACCUUACGUCUGUAAGAUCCCCGGAUGCACAAAGCGCUACACGGAUCCCAGCUCUCUGAGGAAGCACGUGAAGACGGUCCACGGCCCGGAGGCCCACGUCACCAAGAAACAACGCAACGACGUGCUGCCGAGGCCGCCGGCGCCCAGGGAGAACGGAGAGAACGAGGUGGGGAACAGAGAGAAGAUCCAGAGGGAGGACAAGAUAUCAGACAACAGCUCCCCCCGAGGCGUGGACGAAUACCUGCACGUCAAAUCCAUCAAGACAGAAAACUCUGUGAUGUAUCAGUCCAGCCCUGGCGGUCAGUCAUCAUGUAGCAGCGAACCAUCACCACUUGGCAGUGCCACCAACAAUGACAGUGGAGUAGAAAUGGCGGCACACAGCGGGGGGAGCCUGGGGGACCUCAGCAACUUGGACGACCUGCCUUUCAUCGAGUCCUUGGGCUGCGACCAUUCCAGCGGCGGGAUGGAGGUGUUGGGUCUCCACUUUCGAAAGCAGUUUGGCACCAGCCAGCGCCUGGAGCACCUGAAGAAGGAGAAGCUGAAGACCGUGAGGGACUCGUGUCGAUGGGCCAGUAUCCCAACAUCCCCGGCUGUCGGCACCAAGCUCCCACCCAUACCAGCAAGCGGGUCCCUCCUGGAGAAUCCAAGUAAGACCGGUUGUCCGGGGUUCUUCCCUGGUUCCAGUCUGGGUGAUCUGAGCUCUACCAAAAUGACCCUGUUGGAGAACCUUUCAGAGCGCAGAGACAGCACCUCGAGCACCCUGAGCUCCGUUUAUACACUGAGCCGCCGCUCCUCAGGCAUCUCCCCUUGCUACUCGAGUCGGCGCUCGAGCCAGGCCUCACAGUUCAGUACCAACCGCCCCAGCAACAUAAGUUCUGCAGACUCCUACGACCCCAUCUCUGCGGACAUGUCCCGGCGCUCCAGUCAGGCCAGCCAGUGUGGAGGAUCCAGUGGGGGAGCAGGAGGGUGCAGAGGAGGAGGCUUCCCCAGCCCCCUCAGCCUGACCCCGGCGCAGCACUAUCGCCUCAAGGCCCAAUAUGCUGCCGCCACUGGAGGCGCCCCGCCUACACCUCUUCCAUACAUGGACCAAAUGUGUCAAAAGACCCGCACAUCCCUGUACGUGGACUCCCAGGAAUCCUCCAAUAAAGGUCUCACUUCCAGGCAUUACAGCAACUACAUCGCACAGAGCCUGAUGCCCCACGAGGUCCCGACCAACAUCCCCCGCCGAGCCAGUGACCCCGUGAGACGAGGAGCCACUGAUUAUCUCAGCCACGCACAAAUGCAACGCUACAACAGUGUGGGCGCACUGAGUGGAGCGGCGAGCAUGCAGCCGCGCCCACCUCCAGCUGCAGGUCUCCAUUUAACCCAGCAACAACAACGCCUGCACUCAGAUCUUAGUCCACAUCGCCACGCCUACAGCCUGAGACCCCCCAGCAUUUCAGAGAACUUCACGAUGGAGAUGAUGACAGGUGACAUCCCUGAGGAAGACCUGAUGCUGCCUGAGCUCAGAGACACAGACAACACAUGGUCAGCCAGUCAAAGGGAGGUCCAGGGAAGCUCUAAUCUCCAUCAGCAUCCGUGCUAUCAGAGGAGGACGGAUCAAGCUGCGCCCGCCUCCGGCUUCAGUCCGGGACAGCACCGACAGAUGUUCCCCUCUUCACCAAAAGACAGUAAGACCAAAGUUUAUAGUCAGUCAGGGUCCAUGGACGCUACCCGUCAGUGUUUCAGAGGAAACCUAGCUGUCCUCCAGCAAAACCAGAACUUUGGAUCUUUCCACACCAGUCUCAGCUCCAACCAGAGCUGCCAGUACAGGUUCCACGCAGGUCCCUAUGAUAAGAACGGGAACAGGUCUUAUCAAGGCUGUAACGACACCGCAGGGGUCACGUGCAAACAGGAGCCCGAUGACAUGGACACCGCUGACAUGCACUUUCCUGAGUUUCAGCCUGUGCAGGUUAAAACGGAGGACUGUGGAGGAUCCAUCAUGGUUUCAGAUCAGCAGAACUGUAUGUUAGCCUCCAAUCAGAGCCACCUCCAGCCCAGACCACCAUCAGAACCAAAACCGCUCAUCAGGCCCCUUCCAGGACCGAAGGUGACGCAGCAAACAAGGAACUGUAGUAAUGCAAACCUUGAUGCUUCUCCUGAAGGACCCAGCAGGAGAGUUUUAGGACUUCAAUGCAGCGGCGACCCUGAUGACAACGCCGUGUACUACACAGGACAGAUCCAAGUGUUUGAGUCCAACGGGAACUUGAACGUCCCUCCCUUUGAGAACAACAACGCCACGUCUUCCAGUUCAGGCGACGACCACGAGUCCAGGACUGUGGACUGUGAUGGAGCAGCGCUGGAGCAGGCGCAGAUAGACUUUGAUAGCAUACUGGAUGAUGGGGAUCAGUCCAGCCUCAUGUCUGGAACCCUGAGUCCAGGUCUGCUCCAGAGCGUGUCCCAGAGCUCCUCCCGUCUGACGACGCCCAGGAACUCGGUCACGUUGCCGUCUGUGCCGGCGGGGACGGGGAACAUGGCGAUCGGUGACAUGAGCUCGCUGCUGACUGCUCUGUCAGAGGAGAGCAAGUUCCUCAACCUGAUGUCUUAGCCAGGCGGCGUCCGGACGGACUUCUUCCUCUUCUCUCUUUACGCCCGACAAACAUUCAAGCAGCUCCAGAUGAAUGUGACUGAACGCCGUUAAACCUCUGCAGCGUGUGUGUCUCUGAUUUUAAUGUACAGUCUGAUUCCUGAAUUAUUAUUUAACAUGGCGACUUGUGACAUCUUUGAAAAGCCAUAUUUGUGUUGUGUUGCCUUAGUAAGAGAACAACAGAAUCCUGUCUGCAGUGAGAGAAGAGUUUACUAAGUGCCUAAAACACGCCUGGUGUCAGAGGUGAAAAUCACCCAGGUGAUGAUCCUACACAUGUUUGGAAUGUAUCAUCAGCACCGACUUGUUCCACACUGUAAACCACUUUUUACUCUCCGCUCAGCUGCUCAUUCCCUUUCACCUUCAUCAUCAUCAUCAUCAUCAUCAGGGUUUCCUGUGACCUCUCUGUGGCAUCACAAACAUCAGCGUCUGGAUCAUGAACUUGUGCGUUGAGGAGAUGCUCGUUGAGGAGAUGCUCGUUGCUCCUGCAUCAAGGACAGAAUCAGACUCUUUCUUUUGUACAUUGUUGCUCCAGUGUGUCCUGCUGGUGAUGUGUAAAUAUCAUUUGUACAUUUUUAUGAAAUACAAUAUUGACAUUGAUUUUUA